AUGGCCGGGUGGCCGUGGGGCGCGCCGGGCGGGAGCGUGAGGGGCAACGGGUGCGCGCUGCUCAACGCCUCUCUGCUGGCGCCCGGCGGCGGGGAGGGCGCGUGGCCGCGACCCUCGUGGCUGGCCUCCACGCUCGCCUGCAUCCUCAUCUUCACCAUCGUGGUGGACAUCCUGGGCAACCUCCUGGUCAUCCUGUCCGUGUAUCGGAACAAGAAGCUGAGGAACGCAGGAAAUAUAUUUGUGGUGAGCCUAGCUGUUGCGGACCUGGUGGUGGCUGUUUAUCCAUACCCCUUGGUGCUGACAUCUAUAUUUAACAACGGAUGGAGCCUAGGAUAUCUGCACUGCCAAGUGAGUGGUUUCCUGAUGGGCUUGAGUGUCAUUGCCUCAGUAUUCAACAUCACUGGAAUCGCCAUUAACCGCUACUGCUACAUCUGCCACAGUCUCAAGUAUGACAAACUGUACAGUAACAAGAAUUCCCUCUGCUACGUGUGCCUGAUAUGGAUGUUGACCCUUGUGGCAAUCAUGCCCAACUUGCAUAUCGGAACCCUGCAGUAUGACCCAAGGGUCUACUCCUGUACGUUCGCCCAGUCUGUCAGUUCAGCGUACACCAUCGCGGUGGUGGUUUUCCAUUUCAUAGUUCCUAUGAUCAUAGUCAUCUUCUGUUACCUAAGGAUCUGGAUCCUGGUUCUUCAGGUCCGACGGAGGGUGAAACCUAUCAACAAACCCAGACUGAAACCACAGGAUUUCAGGAACUUUGUCACCAUGUUUGUGGUUUUUGUACUUUUUGCCAUUUGCUGGGCUCCUCUAAACUUUAUUGGUCUCGCUGUGGCCUCAGACCCUGCCAGCAUGGUUCCCAGGAUCCCAGAGUGGUUGUUUGUGGCCAGUUACUAUAUGGCAUAUUUCAACAGCUGCCUCAACGCAAUUGUAUAUGGACUGCUAAACCAAAAUUUCAGGAAGGAAUACAGAAGAAUUAUAGUUUCACUGUGUACGGCCAAGAUGUUCUUUGUGGAUAGCUCGAAUGAGGUCGCAGACAGGAUUAAAUGCAAACCCUCUCCAUUAAUGAUCAAUAAUAACCUAUUAAAGGUGGACUCCGUUUAAAAAAGCAAAGAAUUACCAGCAAGAUAUGCAAACUGCUCAGAGUCUUACUAAUUUUCAUGUUUGCUUCCCUUUGGACAGAUGUCGAGAAAAUAGAGUGGUUGAGAAAAUUUAAUACUCUUAAGAGGUUGCCUCUAUAGUUUCUGAACUAAUGUGAUAUUGGCCUUCUGAACAAGUCUGUAAUUCUACUUAUGAACAGAAAUACAGAACAUAGAGAGAGGUGUUAGUUAAUUGAAGAAUCUGGUUCAGGGAUGGGGGGAGUUAUUUUAAAUAAAAAUUCUGAAUGUAUUCAAGUGGAGAAAGAGUGUGCAAAUGUUUCUUUUGUUGUAAAUGAGUGCCACAAAGGUAGUAAUUGCUUUUUUCCCUCCACUUUUUGUAGAUUUCUAAUAGGAAAACAAAUGAUGUGUUUUAUUUAUAAACGGGUAAGUAGAAAAAACGGGAAAGUAGAUGAGUGACUCAUUAUACAAUGAAAGUCUGAAAAUAAAUUAGUGAAUAACUCAACCACAACCAGCACAAGGUUUUCAGUUGGCACUGUUAGCACUGGGCAGCUAUAGUCAGGCUCAUAAAUGUCACUCUAUUAAAAGUUGCGCAUGCAACUAAAGUGCUAACUAUAGGACAGAGCUCUUUUUCAGAUGUCAAUAACUACCGUAUUUUAAAGCAAUAGCUACACGUAAAACUCAAUUCAACUUUAUAGGACAUUUGGCUUCUUCUUAUUUUGUCACCAGAUAUCAUGAUUAUUCACGUCACUGACCAGCUGUUUUUAAUUGAUCUCUGUUAAUUUAUCAAGUCAUCAAAUCUGCUCAGUUAACAAUGACAAAGAAUCAAAGAGCUCCAGAUUCUUGGAUACAGUGCUGAACGUGUUCUAGAUUGAUAGGCUAUUUGGGCAAGGAAAUAUCUAAACCAGUUGUUCUUUUACAGAUAUCGCAAAACAAUAUUCUUUAAUAAUUCAUUUCAGUAUAUGGUUUCAUCUUUCAUGUUGAUGAUCCUAGGGCAUAUGAAUCGCCUCCACAGCUUUGAAGAGUAAGGAGAUUAUUUAGGUGUUGUGUUGUGUUUCAGUAAUAAUGAAAUAAUUCUACGUCCCUAAGAAACAGUACCUUUAUUACGAGGACACAUUUCUGUGUUCUGUUAGAGAAGGGCUAGGAGUAACAUGUCCAUUUCAAAACCAAUUGAUUAUCGUUGCUUUUAGACAUUAGAUGUUGAUCCUGUCUUUUUAAAAAAAUUAUUUUGUUGAGAUCACAUUGGCUUAUAACACUGUGUACAUUUCAAGUGUCUGAUCCCGUCUUUUCUCGUGCUAACCUGGUGCCCUAAUUUCUGAUAGAACUCUUACUUUGCAGUAAGUGGUGCAAGCAUAUCUGGUUUAUUGACAAAGAGUCAAGAAAGUAGCUCUGUUUGUUUGGAAUAAAAAAGUGAAUUGUAUCUUCUAUUUCCAUGAUGUGGCCAACGAAUCUCUGAGAACUCUCGAGUCCUGGUGCCUCGGGAGCUCUGCUAUCUUCACUGAGUCUGUGACCGCUGAGCUGGAGGAUAAAUGUUUGUUUAGAGAAUUCAACAUAGGUGAACAUAAGAUAUGAUCCUGAGUUGUAACAUUAUUUUAUACUUGUAACUAUUUUCUUGCAGUUUGGGUAUAAAUUUGAAUAAAAACCUACAAAACCUGUUUUUUCGAAAGAGUUUAUUUUUACAUUUUUGAAAAUACAGCCCAUGAUAUAAUAUAUUUGCAUGUUUUUACGCAUAUCUGUACCUUGUUACUGUCAAGGAUGAACUUCAAUGGGGUCUCUGCUUGUGUAUAUUUGUUCUAAUAAAAAUUUUAUAUGUAUAUAUGGAAAGAUGAAUAUGAUUUAUUGUCAUUUUCAAGGUAGUCCGUUUGUUUUUUCUGUUAUUUGUUGGAAAUUAAAUAAAAGUUGGUUUAGGAUGGAGAGUGGUUUGAUAAUUACCUAAGAUGUGUACCUGUUUAUGCACAAGGGACCUGUCUUUCUGUUUUUGGCAUUUUUCUUAGCAUAAUGUAAACUAUUCAGUUAUUCAUGUGUGUUCAUAUAUCAUAUAUUUAUUUAGUCUUGUCCGUGAUGGAUGGGAACUGAA